AUGGAUACCGAUCACAAGGGGUACAAUCAUUUCGGAGCGCCGAUUCCCCAGGACGAGUCCAAGUAUGACGAGAAUGGCAAGCCUUUGAACGAUUACAUUCCGAAUUACAUCUCCAACAAGCCGUGGUACUACGAAGGGGAUGCUUUGAAGGUUGACUCCAACAUUCGCAAAAGACGAAAAGGAGAGCCUGUUUCUGUGGAUGCGUUAAAACACCAUAAGCUGGAUCCUGACGCCGAGUUUGUUCCAAAUAACGAACCCCGUCGUGGACAGGGAAUUGACGACCGGUACGACAUCGUUGUUGAGGACCCAAAGAAACGCCGCCGUUUGGCCUUCAAGGGAGGGUGUGACAACUGCGGGAGCACAAAGCAUACGAAAAAGGACUGUUUGGAGAAACCGCGCAAGGUGAUCCACCGGUUCCGCAAGGACGAUGUAAAGACUCACUCGGAGCAGGCUCUGCGGGUGAAGAAGGUCACAGACGACUGGGAAACCAAGCGCGACCAGUGGCAUGGCUACGAUAGCCAGAGAGACUACGACGAGCAUUUGAAACAGAUGAAGCUGCAAGAACAGAAACGCGCCGAGCAGGAGGAGCAGAACAAGGGAGAUUACGAUGAGGACGAAUUGGCCGAGAUGGAGGAGCUGGGGAUCCUUGACGCGAUGCUCAACUCCAAGAGCACCACUGCUAAUGGAGCCAGUAUUCCUAGUCGUGCUUUGGACGAGAAAGCCAAGUACUUGGAGGGAAUCAGUGGAGUCGAGCAGACAGAGGUGGAUGCCAAGUCGCAGGUGUACAAGGAUGGCAAGGACAAGUAUCUGGAUGAGGCAGGGGAGUUUGUUCGUGAGUUUGAGGAGACUUACGAGAUCCGGCGACCAGAGCAGGAGAUAUCCAAGGUUGAACGGGCAGGAGACACUUCCAAAUUUGAGGAAGACGAUUCAGGGGAGGUCGAGUCUGCCAAGGCCGAGCUGGAGGCGCAGCGCGAGGCCAAACGCAGACAGCUACUGGAGAAGUACGGUGCUUUGUAG